AUGAAAACACCUUGGCUGAAUAACUACUUCAUAGACUUGCCAGUGCCAAAAGACAAAGAGGUUCAAGUGGAAUGGCAGCAGUACAUCACUGGAGUAGCAGUUGAUCGUCACCAGAGAGAAGCUUCUCAGUCAAGAUGGAAACAGUACGCUGCAGGAAUUGCAGCAAGCACUAGCAUCGUUGCUUCUGGAGCUUGGUUCUGCUGGCCAGCACCUCUUCUCCCUCGACUCCUGGAUGAAGAUAGUCCUGUGCCCAUGACACCGGAGGAAGCCUCCUGGAUGGUCUCUUCUACUGAAAUAGGAACCCUGAUCAGCCCUUUUCCAGCCACAAUAAUGGCUGAUUAUCUGGGCAGGAAACACUCCAUGUUACUCUGCACUCCUCUCUUCGUUGUCAGUGUUGCCCUUAUCAUUUACGUUAGGACAUUAUGGUCACUUUGUCUCGCUCGCUUCAUUAUAGGUUUAGCAAUGGGGAUUCCCUAUACCGUACUUCCUCUGUAUCUUGGUGAGAUCGCCAGCUCUGAAGCCAGAGGGACUGUUUCUAGCUUCUUCAUGAUCUCAUGGAGUCUUGGCUGUUUGUUUCCUUACUGCAUCGGACCCUACUUAUCAUACAACUCUUUAACUUAUGCUACAUUUCUGUUGAAUAUCGUAUUCAUAGUUUCCUUCAUUUGGCAGCCGGAGAGUCCAUAUUAUUAUGCUUUGAGAAAUAAACCCAAUAAAGUCACUGACAUGUUAGUACGUCUGAGAGAUUCAACACCAGAAGAUUUAAUCAAAAAAGAAGUGGAAGAAAUUCAGCUGGAGGUAAGGAAAAGUUCAGAGGAAAAAGCUUCUUGGAAAGAUGUGAUAGCUACUCCUACCGAUAGAAAAGCUCUUUUCUUAAUCAUAGUUGUUGCAGUGGUAUCGUGUCUGAGUGGACAGAAUGCUAUGCUGACUUAUACAACAGAUACAUUUUCCAAGUUCUCAAAUAACUUUAUCCCUCCAGACUUUAUAACUAUAGCGAUUGGAAUAGUUACUUUUAUUGGGGGUUGUAUUAGCAUACCAACUUCUGAUACUUUAGGGAGGCGUUUUCUUCUACUGAUGUCCUCUGUUUCUUGUGCUAUUAGCUUAUUUAUUGCUUCUGGUUAUUUCUACCUCGACUCCAACACAAGUGUUGAUGUAUCCUCGUACUCUUGGGUUGCUCCAGUAGCAAUCAUGGCUUUCAACUUUUUUCUCAAUGCAGGAAUGCAUCCUGUCUGUGUUGUGUACACCUCUGAGCUGUUCCCCACAAAAACACGUGGUAUAGCUUCAUGUAUUUCUUCCAUGAGUUUGACAUUUUCCUCCCUUCUUGUUUUGAAAUUUUACGAACCAAUUUCAAUAGCAAUGGGCAUUUACUUUACUUAUUUGUGUUAUGCUCUAGUUUGCUUUAUCGGUGUGUUCCUUUUCUAUUUUAUGAUGCCUGAAACAAAAGGAAAAACAUUUUUAGAAAUCAGAGAGGCCUUAGAGAAGAGCCAGAAUAAGUGAGGUUGUACAUAAGCUCAUAUACACAUAUUUCUUGAUAAACUUAAAAAAUACUACAUUUUUCUUGUACCAAUCUCUAAAUCAAUGACUUUCAAAAGUCAGAAAAAAUUAUACAAGUGGUAAAAGAGUUGUAUAGAAAAAUAAACAGAUAUUUCGUUCCAUUAAUGGGCAAGGCUCAAGCUGCUAUCUUGGUGUCAGAACAUUCCUACACUCAGCAUGUAUUAAUAGAACUGUGGUAAAGUGCUUUCUGUGAUGUGUUAUGAACUCCUCUACUUUGUAUACUGUAAUUAGUUAUUUGUUAACAAAACAUUAAUAAUAAGUUUAAAUUUAUUGUAUUUUUUAUGUGGAUUUAAAAGCAAUGGGUGAAAUCGAGUUAGACAAUGGUGCAUUGAUUUAAAAAAUGGCUAUAUUGCAGUGGUAGGCUAAGCCUCGUGACUUAUGAAUGGACGAUGAAAAUCAAUGGUAAAAGUCAUAAUAGUUAUUUUACUAUUAUAGAACUUUCUGACUAUUUGUACCAAGUUUCUUGGUGUUUGGUACAUGAAUUGUGGUCGAAAAGCUUUGAUUUUGUAUCUUAAACUACAUGCCACUGUAAACUAUUGAUUGAAAUCACAGGAGGCAAAUUUCUAAAGAGAUGUAUUGAAUAACUUGUGCUACGGUAUGAUAAGUUCCUCAAUGUUAAUGUAGAUUAUGUAGAAAACUAGAUUAAGAACAGCUUUAAAAUGUAUGUAAUAAAAACAAUUCGUUUUUA